UGGUUAAAUCAUAUGAGAAUAAAGAAAAAGAAAAAAAGGAAUAAAAAUGGUUGCCAUGUUUUUUUCUUCAAUGUGAUUCAAAAUUUGAGGUUCGAACUCAAGAAGUAUAUAUAAAUCCAAUGUUAUGGUUGAUGAUUGAGAAAUGGCAUACCAAGCAUAUGAUAUAUCCAAUGAAAUUUGGUACAGAAUCAUCAACACCUAUUUGAUUUUUUCUGAUUUUAAGGAUUUUGUUUAGAUCCAAUGUUGUUUGUUGUUUUAUCCUAGUAUUUGCAGCAGUAGCAUAGGAACCGGAAAUGGAAGCCGCCAUGUUCAACUUUUCCACUGUUUUGUUCAAUGCUCAACCUCACAAUCUCUUCUCUCACCAUAUCAAUUUUCCUUUAGCCAUCUCUCCCCUCCGGUUCCAAUCUCUACAAUCCCUUCAAUUUCCCGCCAAAUGGAAUGCCCACUCCCAAAAGAACCGCAACUACGUCAUCUUCGAAGACGGCAUAUUCGAAAACGGCGCCGUUUUCCUAAACGACAACAACAACCCCAAACCUAAAACGGGUUCAGGGAAGAAAGUAACGCCGAUUAACCGCGAGAAUUUGGUUCCGGACAAGUGGAGAGAGGCUCAGGCGGAGACGAAAAUCACCAUUAACAAACGGCGCAAGAAGAAGAAUCGAAGAGGGGUGGUUCCAUUCAGUGGUGCCGAGAAAAUUAGGUUCAACGGAACGGUGGAGAAGAAGAGAAAGGAAAAUGGAAAAGUGUCGUCGAGUCCCUACAGGGAUGUGAAUUGGAACGAGUACAAGGCUUCUAAGAAGGAAAUAUUGAAAAAGCUGAAUCCUCUGGUUCUCAAAAACCCUUCUAGAUUUCCCGUCGAUGAGAAGGUUCCAGGACCUGACUUCAAUGGUGAGCGUGUAGAGCCUAAGAAUCCGAGAGGGGUUGUUCAGGGGAAGAGUUUGGAGGAUGUCUUACAGUUUUUCAGUAGUGGGAGCUACAACCCUCGAGCUAACACAACCCGUGACGGUUGUCGGAAUUUGUUUGUUAUUAGUAAGGAGGAGAUGUUCUUGUUGAACAAGCGAAUGCCGGACUUGGCUACUGCUACUUCAGGUAAAUGGCUUCCUCUGCAUACAUUUGCUGCAUGUGGAGAAUCUUUCCUUUUAGAUUCUUUGUUGAAGCAUAAUGUUGAUAUCAAUGCAGUUGAUAAGGAUGGUUUGACUGUCCUUCACAAGGCCAUUGGCAAAAAGCAGGCCAUAACCAACUAUCUUCUGAGAAACUCAGCUAACCCUUUUGUAAAGGAUAAAGAGGGGGCCACCUUGAUGCACUAUGCUGUACAAACAGGUUCUACCGAGACAAUUGAGUUACUCUUAUUCUAUAAUGUGGAUAUAAAUCUUCAGGACAAGGAUGGCUGGACACCAUUACAUCUUGCAGUUCAAACUCAGAAACCCAAUGUAGUGAGGCUUCUGCUGCUUAAAGGUGCAGAUAAGACAUUAAGAAACAAGGAUGGUUUAACUCCACUUGACCUUUGUCUUUACUCGGGUCAAAGUUUCCAAACGUAUGUGAUAAUUAAGUUGUUAAAGCAACCUCAGGAGUAUCUUUGAUAUGUAUGACAAAUGGCGUCUCUCUACCCAUUUUGUCCGUGGUUAAAUCUAUUUGCCUUUUCAUACUGAUCAAGUAAGAAGGAUUUUAAUCCACCGGUGUUUCCAUUAUUACUUUCUGUCAUUGAUUCUUGCGAUAUUGGAACUGAAUGUGUAAAUGAGUUGAUAGAGAUUAAGACCUCCAGUCGAAGUGAUGUGACUUAACGAGGCAAUCACAUUUUGUUGUCAUUUUGUGUUCAAAUUUCAACAGACGCCAAAAGCAGUCAAUUGUGGUUGAAUUCCAUGCCAGGGACUUGGGCAGCUACUUUUGGAAACGCUAACUGCAGUGUAAAUCAAUCAGAUAUGAAUUUGAUCGGUACUUGGUAUUGUACUAUGCCUUUUCUACUUUGUGUCACUGCCUAUUAUAAGGAGAUAAAAGUAGAAGAAAAAAUAUAUAUGCAUACUGCGUUUUGAGGUCGAUAGUGUACAGAAACAAAUGCCUCAUACACUAUAUUAUCCUGAGCUCUGGUUCUGGUAGUGAUAUUAUUUGAAGUUAAUGAUUAUCUUAUCUGUGCCAAAAUAAUGUGUUGUUACCCGGUUUGUGAUUAUUCAAUAGAAAAAAAUAGGUAAGGAUAAUCAAUUCCACAGAAGGAGUAGAUCAUGGAUGGAAGUUGCAUCAUCAUAUUCUGAUUUGUUCUGGAUGAUGACUAAAUUUAUUAUAGCAAGAUUUCAUUCAUGUUGUCUUAGCUGAUAUCAUUCUUCAUCCUGUCAGUGAAACUAAAUAUAACAGAACCUUGAAUCUCCAUCAUUGACAUUUUUUUUCUUAUGAAUUAAUUUAAAUUCACUAACACUUUAGUUCGAGAAUCUUUAUCAUCUAAUCUUGUGUGCUAUGGAUGAUAAAAUUGUUGGCUUCUUUGAACACUUAAACAAUUUGAAGGUGAUUUUAAACUGGCUGGUAGUGAAAAUCUUUACAUUGAUUAUUUGAUUAAACUCGUUUUUAUUUGAUUAGUCCCACUGCUGGCUUUCAUUGUUUAAUGUCUAAGGUGUUUGAUGGAUUCGAAGCUUUCGGUCAUGUUCUCUGCCUCUGCAAUCAUCCCUACAGUGGUUUUUGCCAAACAUCAACCAUAGGUUUUGUAGAUAGUGGAUUGAGCUAGACUUUAUGUACAUAUAGUUAUCUUUCUUUAAAGUAGCUUUAAAAGUUCUGAUGAUUAUGACUAAGACCUUAUGUACGUAUAAUUAUUUUUUUCUUUAAUUUCAAAAAUUCUGAUUUAGUUGA